AUCGCGAGUAAUUGAAGGUAGGAUAGCGGAGCGAAACGAUGGGAAUCAAGGGUAACGAGUCAAAGUAGCAGAGGGUGAGAAAAGCUGGCAGCGAUAUCGGCGUCGAAGAGAGAUUGCGAGAGAGUAACAUGUCGUCUUGGACGAGAUUAAAGGGGGAGAAGUGCUGGCUGGUAUGGCUUAUGGUGACAUCCUUGUACCUGAGGUCCACCCUGGGUCAGAUAGUCCAGAACUGCCCAGCAAGGAGCGAGAUCGCACCGUGUUCGUGCAUUGUUAAGAAGCAGGGGCUCGACGUCGUCUGCGAGUUUACCGACCUCACCCACAUCAACAAAGCGAUGUCGGUACUCAAAGGCAGGCCAAACACCAUAAUUUACUACCUAAAACUUCGCCACAACAACAUGCCGAAGCUCCAGGGCUUCGUGUUCCUCGGUCUUGACAUCCACCAUCUCACCGUUCACAACAGCAGCCUCGCCGUCGUCGAGGAGUCAUCCCUGAGCUCGAUAGGAAAAGGACUCACCCAGCUGGACUUGUCGCAGAAUUCGUUGCUCUUGGUACCGCCGGCGGCGUUGAAGACUCUGCAUCACCUUCUGAUACUGAACCUAAACUACAACAAGAUAAGCGCGAUCCACGCGCGGGCCUUCGAGGGACUUGACACCCUGGAAAUCCUUACCCUCUACGAAAACAAGAUAUCAGUUAUCGACGCCGAGGCCUUUAAGGGUGUCGAUAAUCGGAAAUUGAAGCGCUUGAAUUUAGGCGGAAACGAACUGAACUCGGUGCCAACCUCGGCUUUGUCCUCUUUGGAGAUGCUGAAGAAGCUGGAGAUGCAGGAGAACAGGAUAAGCACCAUUAAGAAGGGAGACUUCGCCGGAUUGAAGAGCCUCGACUCAUUGGGACUCGCUCAUAACAAGCUGCAAGUAGUACCAGCUGGCGUCUUUUCCCACCUGACUCAACUAAACUCUCUGGAACUUGACGGUAACAAAAUUACCCACAUAGAUCCGGAUGCGUUCAUCGGUCUCGAGGACGCACUCCAGUACCUCCGACUGGCGGACAAUAAGCUUCACAUGGUACCAAGCGACGCGUUAAGAAGACUUCACUGCUUGCGUCACUUGGAUUUACGGGUCAACAACAUCACCGUUUUACCGGAGGACGCAUUCGCCGGUUACGGGGACUCGAUAACCUUCCUAAAUCUUCAAAAAAAUUUAAUCAAGACUCUGCCGCCGAUGAUAUUCGAGAAUUUUAAUUCCCUGGAAACGCUUAAUUUGCAAAACAACAAAUUGACCCACGUGCCGGAAGAGGUGAUGGAAACAGUCACCGACACUCUGCAAGUGAUCGACUUGACCGACAAUCCGCUGAUCUGCGAUUGCGAGCUUCAGUGGUACUCAAACUGGUUGAAAAGUCUCCGCGACAAGGACGACGAGGUGAUGACGAAGAAGAGGACCGUCUGCAUGAUAGAAAACGAGCACAGGGAAUACUCGGUACAGAAUCUUCCCUUGGAUAAAAUCGGAUGCCAGCCGAAAGCUGAGGAAAAAUCAUCCUCCGGUAACCUGGCGGUAAAACUUGUCGGUCUUCAGUUCAUCAUCACCGUCAGCUUCGUCAUUCUGCUCUAGAACAAACAAUAGAAUAUCAACAAACCUCAAUAAGUUUUAUUUUCUUUAUUUA